AUGGGUGAUCUACAACUUCCUGUCGCUGUGUCUGGCGUGGGUGGGGGGUCCCGGAGUGGUCGUGACGUCUCUCGCUGGUCGCGUGCUCAAGCCGUCCAUCGUUCUCGGCACCUGCUGCCUGCCUCCCAUGCCGCUCGACGGGUGUCCUCCACACUUGGAUUAACACCGGCUCGUCUCCUUUGUCUCCCGUCGUCCCAUUCUCCGAAUGACUUCAGAAUCGACUUUGAACGUCUCUCCCUCCCAUUCAACCUCCACCAAACACCCCCGGACCCUCCCGCUCCUCUCCCCUCCAGCCGGUUCAUCCGGCGCUGCAAACAAGGCUGCCUGCAGUUCGUGUUCCUCAAGCCCAUCCUGGCCGCGCUCUCGCUCAUCCUCUACUCGUACGGGCUGUACAACGACGGCAACUUCAGCGCGUUUGACUCGUACCUGUACAUCACGUGCGUCUACAUGAUCUCCUACUCCAUCGCCAUAUACGCGCUCAUCCUCUUCUACGUCGCCUGCAAGGACCUCCUCACCUCCUUCAACCCCAUCCCGAAGUUCCUCAUGAUCAAGGCGGUUGUCUUCCUCACCUACUGGCAGGGAGUCAUCAUCUUCCUCAUCGCCCAUUUCACAGCCAGCCCAGAGGGAGCAGCGGAUCUCCAAAACGUGAUCAUCUGCUGUGAGAUGGCGCUCGGAGCCAUCGGCUUCAUGGUUGCAUUCCCCGUCAAACCCUACAUGGUCGCGAACGUGGGCACGUCAGGGGCAGGUCCGAUGGAUUUCCAGGGGUUCGGGCUCGCAGGGCUGGGCCUGGCGAAUAUGACUGAGGAGCAGAGGGGCGCGCUGAUCUCUGCGUUUAAGCAUUCUGUCAAUAUGGGGGAUGUGGUGAGCGACACGGUUCACCAGUUCGCUCCGACAUACCAUGACUAUGUGCUGUACAGCGAUGGGUCGCAGGACAAGCCGCAGCACUACCGCACUCGCACCUUCGUUCCAGCAGGCCUCACCCUGUCUCUCACACACCGUUCCCACCCACAUCUCCCCACUUCCACCGCGAAUCCCUCCUCUCCUUCAGGCAAGGAGAUGGAGAAUGCGCGUAGCAUGAGGCAAACCUUCAGCUCGGGCCGCACGGGGCUCCUCACAGCCGAAGCCACCGCGUCAGAGCGCCGCUUUGCCAACCUCUUCGCCUCCAUCUCUCCUGGCGCUGCUGCUGGCGCCGGUGGUGCUGCUACAGCUGCUGCUACAGGCGCUGGUGGAGGGUCUGCUACAGCAGCUGACGCCUCUGCUUCUGCUGCUGCUGGGCUCAGCAAUGGGGUGGCAGUUGGAGGGUCUGCUGGUGCUGCCGCAGCAGGGGCGGCUGAAUCUACCGAUACACCAGCAGGAGCAGCGGCAGCAGCAGCAGCAGCAGCCGCAGCUGCAGCUGCUGCGGCGGCUGCUGCUGCGGCUGCUGCUGCCGCCGCCGCCGCUUCGAGAAUCAAGGGAGAGACGGUUGUGAGCAUUCGCCAUGACAUGGACGAUCCAAACGCAGCUAUCCUGGAAUCUCCCACGGGAGAAUCCUCGAGCUCGUACGACCCUCCGGUUAAGAAGAUCAAUUCAUCGCUUUCUCGAAGCAGCAGCAAGGGAGUGGAGGGGGGCGGAGUUAGAGGGAUUGGGUCGGAGGGUGAGCCGCUGUCACAGCGGGGGUCGAGCAUCAAUGAUGAGGAGAACUCUCGGUUGAGACGCAGCUCGGGGGCCGCAAGCAAGAAGGAGAACGAGUUUGGGUUUCUGAUGAAUGAGGAUGAUAUGAUUGAGGAGGGAGAUCCUCGACUUGACCUUGAGGGGUUUGUAAGUGGGUAA